UAAUAUUUGAGAAUAUGGAACAAGUAUCAAUAAUGGAGAUGAAGAAAGGACCAUGGAGUUCAGAUGAAGACUAUAAACUCAUCCAUUCCAUCUCCUUAUUUGGCCAAGGACGCUGGGAUUCACUAGCUCAUGUUGCCGGGUUGAAGCGUAGCGGUAAGAGCUGUAGAUUGAGAUGGUUGAAUUAUUUGCGGCCAAACUUAAAACGAGGGAAAAUAACUCCUCAAGAGCAGCUUCUUAUUCUACUACUUCAUUUUCGCUUUGGAAAUCGAUGGUCAAAGAUAGCAGAGAAUUUGCCAGGAAGAAGCGAUAACGAUGUUAAGAAUUACUGGAGAACCAAAGUACAAAAACAUGCAAAAGUGCAUCAUUGCGAUGCCAAUAGUCAACAAUUUCGACACUUCCUUCUCUAUCAAUGCCUGCCCUCUCUGCUGGCUCAACAAAUACCGACUGCCACAUCGUUAUCAUCGUCUUCUUCUGAAAUUAUGACGGAGAAUUAUCCUCGUAAUAAUAUCACAUGUCCAAACGUUAAUAUCAUCUCAUCAACGGAUUCAUUCGUAGCAGCAAAUGAUAGUGAUAUCUGGAACAACUUGUCUAGUUUUGAAGAUGGAAUUAAUAUUUCUCAUGAUUUUUCAACCGCGGGAGAUAUGACGCUUUAUAAUUGUUCAUCUCAUGAGGAUGAGCAUCACAAUUAUUGGGCAAGUGUAACAUCACAAAUAUCACCUGAUGAAACACUACGUUUGGAUGAUGAUAUCGACCUUUGGCUCUUUCCUUAG